AUGGGAACCAUGUGCACUACUUAUGAGUCUGGGGGUUUUACUAUUUCACUUUCAACACUGGAUGAGAUAUUUGGGUUUAGCCAAGGGCCUCUGUCCAUUAUAUCGCACCAUUAUUAUUUAAAUCUGCAGAGCAUUGCUGUCAAUGGGAAAAUCUUGCCAAUUGAUCCAGCAGCCUUCACAUCACACGACAAAGGAACUACUAUCGACUCAGGAACAACAUUGGGAUACCUUGUUGAAGAAGCUUACGUUCCUUUCAUAACUUCAGCUGUUUCACCAUCCCUGACUCCCUUCAUUUCAGACGAAAAACAUUUGGCUGAGGUUUUUCCUGCUGUUAGUCUAAACUUUGCUGGUGCAUCAAUGGUGUUGAAACCAGAAGAGUACCUUACAGGUCAAGUAGGCAUUGGUGUGUGGUGCAUUGGUUUUCAAAAGGUUCAGGGAGGGGUGACAAUCUUAGGAGAUCUUGUUCUAAAAGAUAAGAUAAUCGUGUACAAUUUAGCUCUUCAACGAAUUGGAUGGGCGAACUAUGAUUGCUCAUCACUAGUAAAUGUCUCCAUACCUUCUAGCAAUACUCGACAGUGGAGUAGAAGCAGAUCUUCAUCAGGAGACAUGCUAUGGAGCGUGCUAACAACAGGAUUUGUGGUGAUGUAUAUGUUGUUGGCAUGA